AGGGAGAGAGGGAUUGAUUCCGUGGUUGUAUCUGGUCUGGAUGCAACGCCAGGGCUCCUUCCCGGGCCUGGGCCUGGGCUGGCGGGGUGCCUCGCCUGCGCCCCCACAGCAGCACGCCCCCUGGACAUGCAAGUGAACAGCCCCCCCUCCCCUCCCGCCCCCGCCGCCGCCGCCGCCGCCUGCGGUUUCCUAGCGGAUCCCAGCUCCUCCGGAGAGAGUGAGGAGCGCACAGGGUUAAAUCAGUCCCCUCCCUCCCGGAUUGGAGAGGAGGGAGCCCAGGGGGAGCGGGGAGAGCGGCGCACAGUUCCAGGCUGGGCUACCUUGGACUUAGUUGCACGUUCGAAACCUGCAGCGGUCACUUGCGAGCUGGGCAUCCUCCCGGCCCAUCUCCGCACCCAGGUGGGGUGCGUCCCCAACCUUCGGCCUGGCGUGUCCGGGGUGUCCAGCCGCGGCCGGGGGGCAGCUCCCCGCGAGUCUCCGCGUGCACUGAGCUCCCGGGGGCCUCAAGGAUGGGCAGGAGGGACCUCGGCGGUGACCCCUAAAACAAUACCAUGCCCGGGGAGCCCCGCUGCUGCCGCGCCAGCUGCUUCCUUUUCCACCUCCCAGACCCAGUGGGGUUUGGAUGAGCCGACGCCGAGCGGCCGCCUCCGCCAGGUUGCAGUGUAUAUUUAACCAAGAAGAUUCCAAGCUGAUCAACACCAACGUGACCUACCAUGGAAGGAAGUUCUGCCUGUUUACUUGUGUUCCUGUCGACAGCUUAUAGCUGAACAUCACCACUGCCUGUGCAGGAAAUUCUCUCUGUCAAUUCUUUUGCUUUUGUACACAUGGAAGACAAUAGCAAAAAGGGCAGCACAGGCUGACAAAGUCAGAGACCACAGAAAGAAGUUUUGACCUUGGGCUCUCUCGGGACUUGCUCUCUGGUUGGAAUUCUAGACUUUGACAGAACCCCAUCUGGUCAUUUUGGUUUUGCUUCUCUGGUUUUUUUGCUCAUUCCCCCCCCCCUUUUAUUUCCCCGAUUACUUUGUAUUUUAUUUCUGCACUUCAGAAAAUGGGCCUGCAGACCACCCAGUGGCCCAGCCGUGGGGCUCUCUUCCUGAAAUCUUGGCUUCUCAUUUCCUUAGGGCUCUACUCACAAGUGUCAGAGAUCUUGACUUGCCCUAGCGUGUGCCGUUGUGACAGGAACUUUGUCUACUGUAACGAACGAAGUUUGACCUCAGUGCCUCUUGGGAUCCCGGAGGGCGUGACCGUUCUCUACCUCCACAACAACCAAAUCAAUAAUGCUGGGUUUCCUGCGGAACUGCACAACGUACAGUCAGUGCAUACGGUCUACCUUUACGGCAACCAACUGGAUGAAUUCCCCAUGAACCUUCCCAAGAAUGUCAGAGUCCUCCAUCUACAGGAGAAUAAUAUCCAGACCAUUUCUCGGGUGGCACUGGCCCAGCUCUUGAAGUUGGAAGAGCUCCAUCUGGAUGACAAUUCUAUAUCCACAGUGGGGGUGGAAGACGGGGCCUUCCGCGAGGCCAUCAGCCUCAAGUUGUUGUUCUUGUCCAAGAAUCACCUGAGCAGUGUGCCUGUCGGACUCCCAGUGGACUUGCAGGAGCUGAGAGUGGACGAAAACAGAAUCGCUGUCAUUUCAGACAUGGCCUUUCAGAACCUCACGAGCCUGGAGCGGCUGAUCGUGGAUGGGAACCUCUUAACCAACAAGGGCAUUGCCGAGGGCACCUUCAGCCAUCUCACCAAGCUCAAGGAGUUCUCCAUCGUGCGGAAUUCGCUCACCCGCCCACCUCCUGACCUCCCUGGUACCCAUCUGAUCAGGUUGUAUCUGCAAGACAACCAGAUCAACCACAUCCCUUUGACAGCCUUCUCCAGGCUCCGCAAACUGGAACGGUUGGAUAUAUCCAGUAACCAACUGCGCAUGUUGACGCAAGGGGUCUUUGAUAAUCUCUCCAACCUGAAGCAGCUCACUGCUCGCAAUAACCCAUGGUUGUGUGACUGCAGCAUUAAGUGGGUCACAGAGUGGCUCAAGUCCAUCCCCUCGUCUCUCAACGUGCGGGGUUUCAUGUGCCAAGGGCCCGAACAGGUGCGGGGCAUGGCCGUCAGGGAGUUGAAUUUGAAUCUGUUGUCAUGCCCCACCACCACCCCGGGGCUGUCUUUCUUCACCCCUGCCCCAAGUACAGCUUCUCCAACAACUCAACCCCCUACACUCUCUGACCUGACCCCCAGCAGAAGCUAUCCGCCUUCCAUUCCCCCCACAUCCAGACUGCCCACAAUUCCCGACUGGGAUGGCAGGGAAAAGGCAACACCACCCAUCUCUGAGCGGAUCCAGCUGUCUGUCCAUUUUGUGAACGACACUUCCAUUCAAGUCAGCUGGUUCUCUCUCUUUACUGUGAUGGCUUACAAACUCACCUGGGUCAAAAUGGGCCACAGUUUAGUAGGGGGCAUUGUUCAGGAACGUAUUGUCAGCGGCGAGAAGCAGCACUUGAGCUUGGUCAACUUAGAGCCCAGGUCCACCUAUCGGAUUUGUUUGGUGCCCCUGGAUGCUUUUAACUACCGAGCUGUGGAAGACACCAUCUGUUCCGAGGCCACCACCCACGCCUCCUAUUUGAACAAUGGCAGCAACACCGCUUCCAGUCACGAGCAGACCACCUCCCACAGCAUGGGCUCCCCUUUUCUGCUGGCGGGCCUGAUCGGGGGGGCCGUGAUAUUUGUCCUGGUGGUCUUGCUCAGCAUCUUCUGCUGGCAUAUGCACAAAAAGGGGCGUUACACCUCCCAGAAGUGGAAAUACAACCGAGGCCGACGGAAAGAUGACUAUUGCGAGGCCGGCACCAAGAAGGACAGUUCCAUCCUGGAGAUGACAGAAACUAGUUUUCAGAUCGUCUCCUUAAAUAACGAUCAGCUCCUUAAAGGAGAUUUCAGACUGCAGCCCAUUUACACCCCAAAUGGGGGCAUUAAUUACACAGACUGCCAUAUCCCCAACAAUAUGAGAUACUGCCACAGGAGUGUCCCAGACCUGGAGCCCUGCCACACGUGACAGCCAGAGGUCCUGCGUCUCCAGGCACAUGGUGAAACUCUUGCGAACACACACGUAUGUGUGCCCUGAGACACUCGAAUUACAUUUGAUAAAUGUCCCGCAGAUGCGUUUGUGCAUUUGAAUACUCUGUAAUUUAUACGGUGUACUAUAUAAUGGGAUUUAAAAAAAAAAGUGCUAUCUUUUCUAUUUCAAGUUAAUUACAAACAGUUUUGUAACUCUUUGCUUUUUAAAAAUCUUAAAAGAUAAUAGUCGCUGAAGUACUGUAUAGGGUUGUACAAGGAGAACCCAACCAACGCCAAGGUGAAAGAAGGAGUGAUCCUUUCUCAUGAUGCACAUUCCUUCCCCACUUUGCUGUUUGAAGCUGGUAGAGUCACUUCCUUUCCUAGAGUCUGUGGCCAGGUGGAAGGGCAGUUUAAAACGGACUCAUUGGGGUACAAGAAAUCACAUGGGGUGAAGCAAGGAAUGACCCAGAUAUCUUCAUGCUAUUUCUGUACUUCCUGGCCUGGGACAAAUGUUACAAAUUCCAAAAUAUAAGAAAGGCCGUAGUAGUUACCCUGAUUUGACCCAAAGCAGGAAGUACAGGCAGCAUCAUGAGGAAGUCGGUCCCUAUGAGAUAAGUUAGAACAACUUGGCAGAAUCAAGAACAUGAGAUGAGAUCUGAAGAGACCUUCAGACCCCCCCCCCCACCCCCUCCUCCCCAGGUAGGGUGGCGGUUAGCUUACUGACUGGGGCCUUAGAAUUCACUCCUCAUACUUCCCUGGCCCUAUGUGAUGACAGAAUUAGAGACCUGAGUCUGGUUUCAGUCAUCUUCAGGGACAAGUCUGCUGUCCUAGCAAGAUAACUCCCUAUAAAUGUGUUACUACUCAAAUCAUAUGUCAGGUUGAAUCACAUUCAACAGAAAUAUAUUCUAGAAUACUUUUUUUUAGAAGAGGCUAAUAAAAUAAUGGGAAGAAUUAUAUUGAAUGGAAUUAUUUUUGAUAAUGAAAAUUAUUUGGGUAGAUCUGCUGCAGCUAUGUCAACAUGAUAUUUAGGCCCACAAGGUAUCAAUGUUUAUACUAUACUAAUAGCUGUUAUUUAAAAAAAAAAGAAGAAGAAAGAGCAUCCGUACCAUUUAGACAAAAGUAAACCAUCAGUGGUUCUGCUUUAUUCCUACCAACUGACUUGCUUAGUGUCAUGUUGACAGAGCUCGAAUCAAUACCUUAGUCCCCUUGCAAGAUUUUGUCUUCCAACCACCUCACAUAUAUUUUCAUAACUAGCUGUUUAUGCUGUAUUUGUUUUCUUUUGCCUCUGCUCAAAAUUUGAAAGCAAAUCAUGAGUACCAAUCUUGAAGGCGCUACAUACCCAUGCAAGAUUAUACUCUUUUAAAAUGUCAUACUAAUUCUCACUGCUGAUUCUGGGAGGACACAUUAUGGCCAUAGCUGGCCAAGGUACUGUAUUUUUUUUUUUUAGAGCAAUACCAAGUCUCUACCUUGUUCCAUUUUCCAAAUUUCAUUUCCAUCGUAUAUGUUCUUCUUCUUUGGAAUUGUGAUGGGGCAAUCAAUCUUAAAUAAACAGAAUACAGAUGAAAAAAUGAAUUAGUCAGAAAAAUAAAGGCCUGUUCCUCUCACCUGGGCAGAGCAGGACAUAGAACAAAGUACUGAAAAGAGAGAGCUGUCCAUGUUCAGUUAUAAAUAUUUUUGAAGCAACAUCCAUCUUCAGAAAACUUAUGUAUUCUACUCCUUUCCAUCUGUUUGAUGGAGAAGGGCUAUAGAUUAAAAAAAAAAAAAAAAAGAAAUCCACCCUUGGAAAAUGCUUUUCAAUAUAUGUUAUAUAUUUCUAUACCACUGGCCAUUACUUUAGGGACCUAUGAAGAUAAUGUCACUUCACUUUUGCUUUCUCUCUCUCUCCCUCUCACUGUUAACAAAAUAGAACUGUGAUGGGUCUUCUUUGUAAAAGUUUAGGUACAAGAUGCUAUGCAAGUUUUACUUUAUAGUAAGAGCUUUAUUUUCUUUAAUAAUAUAUCCCCAAACUUAUAUGUUUUAUUCUUCCCUGUCCUUCAGAAUAAACAGAAACUAUAACUAAAGCUAUAAUAUUGUAAACUCACAAGAAUCGAAACUGUGCGGUCAGUUGAGCUGAAGUUAGCUACAGAUUCAUUGCAAAGUGACUUUGGUUUCCACUUUAGUCUUACUAGCUAAUCAGUUUUGACUGUUGCUCUUUGAAAGCUAGAUCUACAUAAUAAAGGCAUCAGGUAAGCUGUGAAGGUUAUCAGUGUAGCGGUAAGACAUCUAAAAUUCAGGAGGAUGACAUAAGGGUUUGUGUAUUUAACUGGAUUACUUGCUGCCCACCUCCUCCCCACCCCCCUUGGCUGUAUAGAUAAAGCUAUGUGUUCAAACAAUGGUACUUUGAAGUUAGUUAUUUUUUUUUCUUCCUUUUAUCCACAAAAUAAUCAUUGUCAUGUAUUCGUAUUGUGUAUAGCUUUCAUCAGGGUAUUUGCUACAAUGGCUCUAACUUUUCAGUCAGAGUUUUCUGGACCAUCUUAGGCUAUUCAAGGAAUUAUUUGGGAUGUAAAAGAUACAGCGAAGAGUAGUCACAGGAAAUGGUUAGAAUGAUUGGAAGCGAUUCCUCUGCUAGUAAGGUGCUCCCAAAGAUAUAGCAUCUUCUUGCAGACUUUACUUUGAUCUUGUGCACAGCAUGGCAAAGACUGAGGCAAUGAAAAUCAGUCUCCUUUUUGUAAUCACACACCUGUGCUUUCAACUGCACCAGAACAGAAAGCACAGCAUGGAAUUUGUAACGUCUUAAAUGUCUUAGGAUUUGGAUGGCCUCCAUCAGCAAUGCAUUAUGCUUUCAUUAACAGCAUUAGCCCAGGGAAUGAAUUGGGCUGAGGUAUACCCUCAGUAUUUGGACCUCUCAAAAUGUCAUUAUAUAUAUUGGGAAAUUUAGCCAAGAAAUGAAGGUAAACGUGGGAGGUUAAUGCAAGACUUUUAACUAUGAACAACACAUCCCUACUCAUGAGCUUAUAAAGAGUUGGAUGCUGUCUGGCUCAGAGAGGUCAUUUCAGACAUUGUGGUUAACUAACUGUCAAUGUGUAGAGGACAUUCCCAAAGGGAAAAUUAUACCCUUAUCAGCUAUUCUGCAUACCUAGGGUUGGUUGCCAUUAAUACCUACCAUAAAGAAUCCAUGUGUGUGUGUGUGAUCGUAGAGAAGCCUGAACUUCCCUUAAAUCUCUCAAAGGCAAGAGCUGACGUCACAUGGGAAACUCCCACACACGCACCAUCCACUGUCUUCCUUGUGUAGCAAGCAACAAUCCUCUCAACCUUGUGAGGAAUAAUGCAGUUUCUGACUAUGUGGAUAUUUACUGAGACUCUGUUAACAUGUUCCCUUAAGUUCCAAAAGAAAGCAGUGCAGUGUGUCCAGUAAUAAUUACUAAUGAUGUCACCAAGAGUGCAGUCCCGCGUGGCCUGCUGGGACAGAUGACACACUGUCUUAGUCUUUUCACAGGAGUCACCCUCCUCUUCUUUCUGAGGUGGGGCAAACUCUUCACUUUGUGGGCAGAACAGCUGUUUAAAGUACAAAGCAAUGCCCUUGCAGUCCCAGUAAACUCCAUUCGAUCUUUUGAUAGUGGAGUGCUUAAUGUUCACUGACUUCUUUAUAGCAUUUGUCUCUUGCCUCUAAGAAGCAGACACUAAUGUUUUUUUUUUUUUUGCUUUCAUUCAUAGAAUAACUGUUUUGUUCCUGACUUUCCAGAUGCAGGGGAAGCAAAAACAGAAACAAACAAACAAACAAAAUAGAGUGAGAACAUAUUCACAUGAGAAAAAAAAAAGUGUAGAUAAAACAAAGUUACUUCCUAGGUUUUAUUCUUGUCAAACCUUGCCAGAUGCUCUAAGGUUAAAAAUAUGAACGUAGGGAGCCUUCAGGCUACUUUCUUCAAUUCCUUCAGCAGAAUGUAAAGGUUGUUGGUAAUGGAAGAUGGCCUGUCUCUAGUUAUGGGGAGAAAGUUUUGUACACAAAUGAUACCAUCGAUAUAACAAACAAAUCAGAUUCUUUUGCUCUCUCGAUUUUUGUUCCAAGGACCAUACUCACCAGAAGAGCACAAACAGGACCAUCACAACAGGUUAGUUUUAAAUUAGUAACACGCACAUGAAUGCAGACAUACACAAACCCACAUGUUUGUAAAGCAGCCAUGGGAUGGAGAAUUUUUUUUUUUUUUGCCUCCAGGGUUAUUGCUGGGGCUCAGUGCUGCACCAUGAAUCCACUGCUUCUGGAGGCCAUUCCCCCCCCUUUUGUUGCCGUUGUUGUUAUAUCCUUGUUAUGGUUAUUAUUGUUGUUAUCAUUCACUGUUGGAUAGGACAGACAGAAAUGGAGAGAGGAGGGGAAGACAGGGGGAGACAAAGUUAGACACCUGCAGACCUGCUUCACCGCCUGUGAAGCGACUUCCCUGCAGGUGGGGAGCCGGGGGCUUCCUUCCACCGGUCCUUGCGCUUGGCACCAUGUGUGCUUAACCUGCUGUGCCAUUGUUUGACCCCCCUCCUCACCCCCCCAGGAUGGAGAAUUUGUAAUCUUUCAAGGCAAGCUAAAAGUGUCACCACUGUGUCCCUCCUAGCGGUUACUACAAGUUCAUUCUGAUGAUGUGUCAUUGUUUAAACCAUACCUCGAUUUGCUCCUGGUUUGUGUUCCGUGUUCUCACUGACGAGGGGACUGCCAGGGGCUGGAAGAUUCUGCACCCCAAUCCUCGAGAUCUACCAUGUCAUACACUUUGUUAGCUACAACCUUUCACUCUACACUAUCAGUACCUUGUUGAUAUAUUCAGUAAAGGCUUAUUUUAAAAGAAAAUU